UACCAGCUUUGUGGUACAACACUAGCUGCCCCUCCAGACCCCCCCGCACUUCCCGGCAAUUCCGACCAGCUUGGUUGCCCGCCACGCCCAAGGGACUUUUUGCCCAGGAUCCAAGAGUCUUGUCGCCGGUCUUCAUGACCAGCCCUCAGCCAAUCUGGGUCGCCAUUGCUCCACCUCUAAGGCUUUGCAUACUCACCUCGACGAUCAAAAAGCCAAGAAACCAAGCCCAGUGAAUCCGAAAGCCAUGUUGUGGCACCCGAAUUGAGAUGCGACACUCGCCUCGCUCCUCCAAACAUCCAGUCCAGCAGCGGUGGCCGGGCGUUUCCUACCAUCCCUCUUCAUCCCUUUACAACCUCACUCUCCCCCCUUCUCCCAACCGCCACUGCUCUCCACAAUCUCUCCAAACAUCCAUCUCAAAACCGCAGCCCAUGGCGACGUCGACCGUCGCCGCUGCUGGCAAGAUGGCUCGGUUCUCGCUGGUCUUCGCCAGCGUCCUGUCCAUGGCCUCCGCCCAAGUCGCCACCGUCUUCUCCAUGGAUAGCUUGCCGGACUGGAUGCGCGAAUCAGCCAUGACUCUCCAGAUUACCGGCCCCAGUGGCGUUAUCGUUCCUUUCCCAUACACCGUCGUCCCCUUGACCGCGAAUGUGGGGUUGAAUCAGUCAGAAAAGACAAGAGAGGCGAUAUGGAUACGCGGGACCAUGGUCUCGGCAACCUCGGCCAACUACGUCAACAUUACCGACCCUGAGGACGUGGCUUACAUUUGCUGCGAUCCCGUGAACUCGUCUUAUAUCACCCCCAGCAACAUGGUUAACACUCUGAUGAGAAACAAGCCGAAGGCCAUUCUUCUCUACAGCAUGAAGGGGAGCUGUUGCGGCCUAGAAGUCUCCGAUAUUACGUAUCCGACCAUCUUCACCAUGACAGACGGUUCCGAAGCCGCCGAAACCUUGAACCUAACUGAUUCUACGGACGACGUAAUGGGCACCAUCGCGGGCAACGUGACCGCGCCACAGACCGAUGGUGGGAGCCAACAGGCUGGGAGCAACUCGGCCGUUGCGAUGAGCAUUUUAUACAGUAUCACAGGGCUUAUCACCCUCCUCUUCCUCAUCAUCAUUGCGACCGGCGCACUCCGCGCGCAUCGCUAUCCAGAACGCUACGGCCCACGUUCCGGCUAUGGUGGAAGGCCACGGCAGAGCCGGGCGAAGGGGAUCGCCCGCGCAGUGCUCGAUACUCUACCGAUCGUCAAGUUUGGCGACCCGGCGCCUGCAAAACCAGACCCGGCCCACGAACUCGAGAGCCAGGCGGCCAGACCGUCGCAUGACCCGAACAUGGGAACCAGACUAUCAGCCAUCCCCGAGGAACCCCAGCCAACCCCGCAGAGGAGACCGAGCCGGAGCACUCUGCGCCGCACCAACUCGGACGCCAAGGCACUACCAACAACAGAUGAAGAAGGCGGCAGCAGCAGCAGCGAUGCUAAACAGGAAGGGGCUGAACAUCUGGGAUGUUCGAUUUGUACCGAAGAUUUUACCGUGGGCGAGGACGUUCGGGUCCUCCCGUGCGACCAUAAGUUCCAUCCAGCUUGCAUCGACCCAUGGCUUAUCAAUGUGUCUGGCACAUGUCCGUUGUGGUGAGUUUUGUUCCUCAAAGUAUACUCAGCUGGGUCGUGUAGGCGCUGACAGUGUUAAUCUUGCAGCCGACUUGAUUUGAGGCCAUCUAAUGGAGAGGCCGAGGAUGGUACGACAGCCGAUGCCCUGGCGCAACUACCUCCACCGCUAGAGAUCGAGGGAAGUGGGACGGAACAUGCCACGGGUCAACGCCGAAGAUCAUCUCGUUUGCUGGACCUCCAUCGACUCCGACACGCCUCGGUUGAGGAACGCAUCGAGAUUCUAAGGCGCCAUCGGUCGCAACAGCAAGAGUCGGCAACAGCAGCAGCAGCAGCAGCAGCAG